AUGUCAAUAGAAAUCCGUUACAUGUCUUUGGUUUUGAUUUUUUUACGGCAGGUUUUUCGGGAUUAUUUAGUCAGACAUUUGCUCACUCUCUCCCUAUAAGCGAACAAAAGCAUUGAAAAAUCCCUAUUUUUUAGGCAAAAAACCGAUUCCAUGAGUGAAAAAAAAAUUAUUUCAUUUAUAAUAAUAACUAUCAUGAAAUCUCAAGUUAAUUCUGUUGAAUUUUAAGCAUCUUACAUUUAAAGCAUAAAUUAAUAAAAAAUAAUUUUCACUUUACUUUUUUUUUAAUUUAGAAAAAAAAAUUAAACCCCUCCUUGAACGAACAAAAUGUUUUGUUCGCACAUGGGGGGAGUCAGCAAAAUUCGUUUUUGCCGACCUAUUUUUACGAGGAAAAAGAUUCGACUAAAUAUUGUUUAGGAAAUCACUGCUAAUGAAUGCACUUAAGGAAAAGAUUUCCUGCCAAGAAAUCGGCAAGCGUCUAAGAAUAGAGCAAGACCAUGAUGAUUUUAAGUACAAGCGUGGUCGAGCAUAAACCCGUCCCACUCAAUAUCAAACUCCCUAGUCUUAUAAUAAUAAAUAUAAUAGAUAUUAUGUAUUUUCGCUCUUAAACUAUUAAAACGCAAUUUACAUGUAUUUCAUAUCCCUACUAUAAAUAAACAUUUCAUAUGAUAAAAUUUUUAGACUAAUAAAUAAAGGAGCUAAUAGAGAAAAUAUGCUGAAUAUCGCUUAAUUAUCGCAUUUUUAUCAAGUUUAAUUCUGUUUAAACUGGAGAGACACAAAUAAAUUAAUUCAAGCAUAAUUAUGCAUCAUAGGCACACUCAAUAUCUAGCCUCGAUUUUGCUAAAUUGAUGCGUUUUAACAAAUCCAAUGUGCUCACAUAACUUAUUUAUAUAUAACAUAAUAUAUCUCAUUUAAAUUUAAUACAAAGAUGCAAACUAAACUGCAAGCCAUAUAAAAAUUUAGUAUAUAGUAGGGAUAUGAAAUAAAGUAUUAAAUAUACGUAAACAUGCCAUAAAUCGUGUUUUAAUAGCUUAGAAGUGAAAAUACUGCAAUAUCUCUUAUAUUUUCUUAUUAUUAAGACUAGGUAGUUUGAUAUUGAGGGAGAGCAGGGUUUAUUAUUGGCCACAAGCGCACCUUCAAAUCGGAUCCUGAGCCCUGCUCACAAGUAAUUGACUUUGGCAGCCAGUCACUCAAUGAAAAUUUAAUAAGAUUAUAUUCCCUUUUUCCACGCAAAGGCCGGGAAGAACUGCUUUCAGCUCUUGAAGCCACAUGUAAUAAUUUGGACUCCAGCAUCACCCUUCUCCAAAAGAAGGACCGAGACAAAGCACUAGACGAGUGUACGUACGCCUAUGCCACAAAUCUCGUCCAAAAUCUCAGGCAAGUUUAUUCUAUGGAAGAUGCUUCAAGAAUGGUUCAAGCUUAUAUGAAAAAACACACCAGUCAGAUUUCUGAGGUUUCUUCCUCGGCUAUGUAUAAUGAAAACAAAGAGCUAGAAAGACAAAUAGGGAUUCUUAAUAAUGACACCUCGAUGCUGAAAAAAGCUGUCUUGAAAUUGCAUAUACUUGCUUUCCUUGAUUGCUUGUCUGAAUGGUUUUUCUCAGCCAAGGUUGAAAUGAUUAGUUAAUUUUCUUAGUUAAUUGGCAAUAUAAGGAAAAAAGUAUAGCAGACUUUUGGCCAAAAAAGGAAUCGAAGACGAGUAUGAAGCUUUAUGUGAACAACUGAAGCAAGAAAAAUACAAAAACUAUGCGUUGAGAUCUCAAGUAAGUCAGAAUGUGAAUAACUUCUUUAAUUAA